AUGUCAGUGCCAGUCAAAUCAGCGAAUCGCCAGCACUCGACUUCCUUUGUUCGCAUCUCAAUCGCCAUGAAGCUAUUCGCCCCCGCCUACAUUGCUGUGGCCAUGAUGGCCAGCUCGACGCGUGCCUGGACGCUGAAGAUGUAUGACAAUCCCGACGGCACGGUGCAGAUCCACGGCUCUGGUGGGUCUAGCGACUUUUCGUGCUGGAAUAUGGUCGGCACUAGCUACAACAACAAGGCCUCGUACGUGUCGUGGUCGGUGCCGGCCGGCCAGAGAUGCACUAUCUUCUUCUACGACGACGGUGGAUGCAGCACGUGGCUGGGCCAGUACACGGCGUCCUUCAACUCGGCCUUGCCCUCGCAGCUCAACAACAAGAUUUCUUCAUAUAGAAUCGACUGUUAG